AUGGUAUCUAUUAGUCUUUUUCAGUGUCUUUAUCGUAUUAUAAUGGCAUUUACUCGUGCAAUUGUAUUUUCAAUAUUUCCGGCUCCAAAAAAAUCCAUCAAUGAUGAAAUUGUUCUCAUAACUGGUUCUGGCGGUGUUUUAGGUCGUGCACUUGCUAUUGAAUUUUCAAAAUAUGGUGCAUUUCUUUGUUUAUGGGAUAUUGAUGAAGUAGAAAAUCAAAAAACAUAUGAAUUAUUAUAUACGCAAUAUAAUCAUCGUCGAAUGGUUGCUAUGAAAGUUGAUAUAACAGUACCAGAAGAAAUUCAUCGAGCAGCAGAAAAAAUUCGACAUGAUAUUGGAAAUGUAUCAAUUGUUGUACAAAAUGCGGGUGUGGUGACAUGUAAAAAUGUACUCGAUCUUAAUACCGAAGAUAUUAAACGAACAUUUAAUGUUAAUGUUAUAUCACAUUAUCAUAUUAAUCAAGCGUUUCUACCAGCUAUGAUUGAAAGACAUUAUGGACAUAUUGUAGCUAUUGCUAGUAAUUGUGCCCUUUUUGGUUUAUCACAUUUAGGUGAUUAUUGUGCAUCAAAAUUUGCAAUUAUUGGUUAUAUGGAAUGUGUUGAAGAUGAAAUUUUUCGAUCGAAAUGUUCAGGAGUUAAUACAACGAUUGUUAUUCUUGGUCCAUUGAAAGGUGGUCUCAAUAAACGUGUUACAGAAAUUGUCAUUCCUGAUUCGGUUAAUUUUCUUCCUGCAAGUUUUUGUGCAGAAAGAAUUGUACAAGGUGUAAUAACUAAUCAAAAAUUUUUAUACAUUCCAAAAUUCUAUCGUUUAUUGGAAUUUGUUAAAAGUUUUCUUCCAUACGAUGCAUUUAAAGCAAUUCUUAGUUAUGUACUCAAUGUACAUGAUCCAAAUUUAAAAAGAAGUCGUUCACGAAAACCUGCUCGAUUAUGA